AUGCCGCAGGUGGAAUUUACUUCAGGCCACGGUACUGGCAACCAGUUUGGCACAGAUUCAACCCCCUCUAUAGGGACGUCAUGGACGGCACAGUUUGAAGAUUCUACAAUGGCCACUACAUCAGCCUCUCCUCCAGCUCCUAAGACCCCUGCUCCAGCCGAUAAUAUCACUCCUGGUCAGCGCAUGAUAUCUGCGACCGCCGGUAAUGUUUUGACCGGGCUUCUAGUGACACCCUUGGAUGUCGUACGAGUUCGUUUACAGUCACAAUCACAAGUCCACAACACUUCACCCUUCACCUCUCACACCACCCAAACCUUGAAAAACCUCCCUCCGAACCUCGGUAUCACCUCUUGCUGUCGCGAAGUAUUCUGGGUCGGCAACGAUGCCCAGAUGUGCAUGCUAGGUCCACAGGCGACCGCGGUCGGAACCCAUCCACACCCGGCGAUCGAUUGCGCCGUUGAAGAGACGCAGCGGCGAACAUUCACAUCAACGCUAGACGGGCUACGGAAGAUUGCGCGCAAUGAAGGAACUUUAACACUGUGGCGAGGGUUAAGCCCAACCCUGAUGAUGGGAAUCCCGGCAAAUGUCAUUUACUUUGCUGGUUAUGACUGGCUACGCGCGGAUGAUCGAAGCCCUAUUAAGCAGCGGGUAUCUGAGGGAUAUGCGCCCUUAGUAGCCGGUUCCUUAGCUCGCGUCGCAGCCGCAGCAGCAACCAGUCCACUGGAGAUGUUUCGGACGCGUCUCCAGGCAACUCCAGGCACGGGUGCGGGCCACUUCAAAACUACCGUGGAGGAUUUGUACCAUAUGACACAGGCAAAGGGAUAUAGCUCGCUCUGGCGAGGGUUCACUCUUACCAUGUGGCGCGAUGUUCCUUUCUCCGGACUCUAUUGGUGGGGAUACGAGGAGGUGAAAAAGGCUCUGAUCGCGGCGCGCCAGAAGGCCCCUCAUCUCGCUAGUUCUGACCAUGAGCCUGAAGAAUCAUCUCUUCAAGCUUUCCUUGAUAGUUUCAUCUCCGGUGGUGUUUCAGGAUCCUUAGCAGCACUUGUUACUACCCCGUUCGAUGUUGGUAAAACGCGACAACAAGUUUUCCGACAUCUGGACGAUAUUCCGUCCUCUGUCGCUCCCCGCACUGCAUUACCCCCCGGCGGCUUGGCGGCAGAGCAACUCUCCUUACCAAAAUUCCUCAUGCACAUCUUCCGUGAAGAAGGUACCGCCGGCCUAUUCCGUGGUUGGACGGCACGAUGUCUUAAAGUUGCCCCGGCCUGCGCCAUCAUGAUCUCAACUUAUGAGCUUGGAAAGCGCAUGGCCCGAGAGAGGCGCCCAUGGUUUGAGCCUAUUGCUGUUGCGAAAGAUACUAAUGUCGAUAUUGUCGCCGUCCCGCCUAUCGGUGCCCAUCAUAGAAAGACCUGGAUAGCGCAUGGCGAGAAAUCGUCCUGGCUUGAACUUGAACUACUACAGCAUAUACCUCGAGCACGAGUCCUACUGUAUAACUAUGGAGACUUGCGUGACGAUAAAAUCGACACCUUGGGUGAACGACUAUUGAACCAACUACGCACUGAGCGGAAAAAUGAGCCAACACGACGUCCUAUCUUCCUCAUCUGUCAUAGCACUGGAGGUCUUGUUGUUAAAGCAGCUCUAGCUCUAGCAUCACGGGAGCCGAGUCAAUCCAUAUUAACCAGCUGUCAUGGCAUAGCCUUCUUUGCAACUCCCCAUCAAGGCUCGACCUAUCUCUCCGCCGAUGAGUAUACGGCUAGUAUUCGCCAUCUCUUGCAUCUCCAACAUGACACACCGGCAGCGCUCAGGAAGCAGUUGCGUCCCCGCGAAGAGCGGUUGUGGCAUCUAUCGAACCAGUUCAAGACUCUUUCAGCUGAUAUGAGGGUCUGGUCUUUUCUCGAAACUGUAGAUUCAACUAUGCGUGUGAUCGAUGCUGAGACCAAUAAGACGUUAGAGUUCCAUGUUCCCAUUACUUCGAUUCGGUCGGGUUUGUUGGAUAUUGAGAAUGAAAAAGAACUGCCCAUGGCAACAGACCAUACGGGGACGGCAACUUUCCACGGGCAAGAUUCAACAAGAGAUCGGUUUCUCAAUGAGCUUGGUGAUGCCGUUGAAACCGCUGUCGAAAUCUCAAAGCGUGAGGAUACGCCGCUGGGCGUAGAACAGCAAGUCAUGGUUCAGAUUAACGGCUUCUUUGAGGAUACUGCGCUUGGGGUCAGUGACGAAAGUCCGCUCAAACUGUGGUCAACCAAGGUAUCUUUGGAAGACUACCUCUCUCGGGGUCCGUCGGCUUGUCUUCGUGAGAGACUAGGUCGAGUUCAGCCCAGUGGUCUGGACGACUCAUCAAUCAGCAGUUAUGAUAGUCCUCGCUCAUCUUACAUUGCUCCUGCUUCCGAUCCACAUCAUCACCAUGACCAUGAUGACGAAAGGCCGAAGCCCCUGCGACCUCCUCUUCCCUACAGGCGAAGCUUUGAUGAUCCAUCCGGUCCAUCGAUCCACGUCACCGAGGCAGACAAAGACUACCCCAAUGAGGUACCAAGUGAAAGUUCACCCCCGUCACAGGAGCCCAAACGAAAGAGCUCCCUCACCAAGGCUCUGGGGUUCUUUCCGUUGACCCGAUCUCACCGUCGAAGUACGUCCGAUAGCAGCUCCCAGGGAAGCAUUGAACGGCCGCCUUCGAGCGCUUCUGCAUCCCAACCUGUGCAGUCGCCUUUCCUAGCAAUACCAAAAUCUACUCGAGAUCGCAUCAGCCAGAAUGCCGACGUAGCGGAUAUACCUCGAGCAGUUCCACGUUUCGAUCGACCUGAGGCCGAUACUGAGAAAUUGAUGUGGAUCCAUGUUCCAUAUACGCAUACUGGUUGGGUAUCCCAAGUCAUCCGCCGAGCAUGCCAGGAUAGUCAAGAGCCUAAUUUUGUUCGAAAAUUCAUCAAUGACGAAAACUGGUACCACCGGCUUAAUAGGGCCCGUCAUCUUGAGCCUCACGCACGUUUCGUCAAGCCCGCAUGUAUUCAUUCAAGACAAAUGGACGUCUCACUAAGCCCUUCUUCGAAUGCUACUGAGGACCCUCAACUCGCUCUAUAUUCUCCAUACCUUCACUGGGAUACAUACCGCAACCUAAUCCAACGGCGCAAAGUAGUCGAAGACCGACUAAGCCAAGGCCGAUCAAGGCCCGUCCCAGGCCGAAUCUCAAAAGCAAGCCUGGAAGCCCAACUCAUCUGGACCUACCUCGGCUGCGAGCCUCCGGUACACUUCCGCCGCACAUUAGAUCAAUACGGGUAUCCCAAUUUGCGCUCGACCAUCGCCCGUGAUGACGAUCAGAUGCUUUGGAAACGCACUCGCAGACCGGCGCGCAUUGACGAGCAACUAAAAGAGUAUCUACGGUCUGCACAGGACGAUCCCGAAAACGACGAAAUGAGCGAGUUCAUGGAUGGAAAUGUCCUGAUGGUUGAUCAACUCUGGCUUUGGAUUGUUGAUCAGAAGACUGUUGUUACUUUCUUUCCAAAUCAGGAGGCUAAUACAUCCGAGGGAAAGCUGUUCGAACAGUCUAACCUACAUAGCAGCAUUUAUAAUGAGUUGAAUGGGGAUCUCUCGCGUCGCUUCGAGACGGCCGGUGACUUGGCUGCUCUCAUUAUGCUGCAUUCUGUCACUGUUCUCCUCGACAAAACCCUCCAUCAUGAUUUGCAGGUAUUGCGCAUCUUCGAGGAAUCAAUUAGCAUCUUAACCGAAUCCGUCACCAAGUCUUUCAAACGCUUCCGAAAUAGAGGCUUCACCAAUCGCCCAGCGGACCAUGACCGCACCUCAGACGGAAAAAUCAUGACAAUCGCACAGCAGGAAUACAAAGAAUUCCAGGUUGCACGACGAAACCGAGAAGAUCUCUCUGUUUUACUUGAGCUACGCGACAUCGAGGACGAGUUAUCCACCAUUCUAAAGCUGCUUGAUCAACAAGACGGCGUUAUCAAAAGUAUGAUCAAAUACUUCGACAACAGGGGUGGAUACGGAAAGUCAUUCCUCGACACAGCCCAGGAUCGGAUCGAUGAAUAUCGUUCGCAAAUCAGCGAGAUGAAAGAAAGCAGCCAUUUAGCACAGAAAGCAGUUGAAACACUCCUCGACCUCAAACAGAAACAAGCAAAUGUCGACGAAGCCAAAAUGACCCGCUGGCAAGCCGAGGUUGCUCAAACGCAAUCGCGCGCAGUAAUGGUCUUUACCAUAUUCAGUGUUGUCUUUCUUCCUUUGUCUUUCUUCACCUCCCUCUUCGGAAUAAACGCCCGAGAAUGGAGCGGCGAACAGACAAACCCGACCCUAGGCGAAAUGUUCGAGAUAGCUGCACCUGCAUCAUUUGCAAUCAUCUUCCUAUCCCUUUUCAUAGCCUUCAGCGAAACGCUACGCGAUAUCGUAUUCAAAACGCACAAGAUCGGCGUCGGUCUACUAAAAGAUUUUAUUCUGCAUCCUAUCCAAUCCGUGCUAGGUUCCACUACGGGUAAAAUUCCUGUUCAUGUCGUGCCUGAGGACUCUGGGUUGAGAAAACGAUUUGAUGAGUACUUAGGUUAUGGGAGGAGGAAUAUGCAGCGGGAUGAGGAUAUCUGGCAGCGGUGGCAGGGUGGCAGGAUUGAGGGGAAGGAGGUUAAGAAGGGGAAGUAUAAGGUGAAGCCUGGAAUUGAUCGGAGUCGUGGUGAGGUUUAG